CCCUCAGCUUUGUCUUUUAUUGCUUCUUAGUUUCAGCUUAUUUUUUUGCUAUCUCACCCCUUCGCUGUUAAAAAUCAUUUUUAGAAUUAUAAUUAAAUUUCAAUUAAAGCAACUAUGGCAGCAGCCGGUCUUCUUGAUGAAAAGGAAGAAAAUGGACACUCAAAAUCUGGUUGUGUUGCUUUCCUUUACAAAAUCCUUCAUCAAUUUUGCAAACAUAAACGUUUAAUUUUGAGUAAGGAACAAUCUUGGACUAAAUCUGAAGAAUCAAAAACAAAAUCCUCAUUUUGGCGUAAUUGGAAAAGUAACAGAUUAAAAAGGCAAAUGCUAGAUAUUGAAGAAGGAAAAGUUUGCGACGGGAAUAGUGGAAAAGAAGAAAAUAAUUUUUGUACCAAUAGGAAGCGAUCGUCUGCUAAAAAACUCGUAGCAAUAGAAAAGGAGGCAACAACACCAAAUUCCUGUCAUGGCUGGGGAAAUUCCCCUCAACUUCAACUUCUUUCCACUAAAAACUUAAAUCGGCAUGAAAAGCUCAUUCAAAGUCCAUUCUCAAACGUGCCACUUAUUGUUUGUAACGAAAGUGAAGAUGAAGAGGAAGAAAAUGAAAGGAAUAAUAAUGAAGUAAGAAAAGAAGUACAGUCAAAACAAAGAAAUGCUGUUGAUCAACGAGAGGCAGCCAGACUUGCCAAUUGGGCAAAACCUGAGCUUAGUUGUGAAGCUUUAUUAUUUCAAGGGUCUACAAUAAGGGAUAUGCCUUUAGAGUCACAGUCACAAUAUUCCUCUGAUCAAAAUAAACUGAAAAGGGCAGUUUCUACGUUAUUUUCUUCAAACUACUCUCCACAAACUAUUAUUACAUCAAGAAAACAAAGCACUGUGCCAUUAAAAGUCGAAAGCUCCUCCACUAAAUCGGCAAUAGGACUCGAGCCACCAAUUUCUAGGCCUUUGUCCCGGAGAGCUUCUGCAAUGGCAUCUCUUCUAGAUCCAAUAAAUAUUGGAUCAGGGGAGCGAAGGGAGUCUUUUACUUCGACAACACCAAAUGUAGGGAGCCAGACUAGUGGCGAUAAUAUUCAACAGACAACAUUGACACCCCGUUCGAAAUGGAGACAUGCAAUUAGGAAAUUACAAAUGAAUAAGUAAAGUUAUACAGUCGAAUAUCAUUCUAGAAUACCCCCAGAAUUAGCUAAAGCUUAAUUUAGGACGUUUUUUUACUUUAACCGGCCACCUCGUGGAGAGCUGACUUUGUUGAAAAAUAUCUGGAUCAGGAUAGCUUGGACCAGGACGGUUCCGUGACUUUUGCGCCGAGAACAUUUGCGCCGCGACUUUUGCGC